GUGUUGGAACAAGAUCUGACUCCAUCACUCUAGCUUACGUCUACCGGGUACAAAUACAAAUACAAGGAAUCCAAGACCACCAUGUCUGCCGUCGCUCGACCCCCUAUUCGCAUCCUCGGCCUCUGCGGCUUUAGCCAAAACAAGCAUGUCAUGCAUCAGAGACUAGGGUUCCUACGAAAAGCGCUGAAGCAACAAGUGGAAUUUGACUUCGUCGACCCGCCUUUCGUUAUCGAAAAGGUGGAUUAUGCGACGGGCAACACCAAGUUUGCCGACUUUGAUUCGGAGACAACGAUGGACGAGAACAUGACACCAGAGACUACACCGAGAGCAUGGUUCCGUUCGAAAGACGAAGAGGUGAAUGGCAAGACGAUCAAGACCUACAUAGGUCUUGACCAAGCUUUGGCAGACCUGCAUAAGUAUCUGAUAGAACAGGAGACACCGUUCGAUGCGGUAUUUGGUUUCUCUCAAGGAGCCUGCAUGGCAGCUCUACUAACAGCUUUGCUGGAGCGUCCCGGACUGCAUCCUAGCUUUCCCGCUCACCCCAAGCUCAAGCCGCUGAAAUACUGCGUCAGCGUCGGCGGUUUCGUCUGUGGCGAUGAAGCCUACAGCAACUUUUACCCUAUCGCCACCCCGACAUUGCAUAUCGUCGGCGUCAAUGAUACGAUCGUCACACCAGAGCGGAGCCAGACGCUUAUUCGGGUCUGCGACGAUGCGAGGGUGGAGAAGCAUGACGGUAGUCACUUCAUUCCCUCCAAGGCGAACUGGAAGAAUUUUUUCGUGGCCUACUUGACAUCCUUCACGGACGAAGGGCUGCAGGGGGACGUACCGGGGCCAUCAUCACAGCAGGGAGGCGCCGCCAGUACUACUGCCAGUGCCAAUACUACGAGACCGGGUACACCAGAGGUGACAGCGGGCGAAGAGAAAUCAGCAUUAUAAACACGAACGAAUCCUGCCUGUACAUUGUGCAGUGUAUUGUACGUCUGUACUACAUUUCUUGUUCAGUCGUUGAUCAUCUAAGACGAUCUCUGCAGGGUCGAGUAGGUCGCGGGUUUCGCUGAUUCUGAAACGCGAGCAUGACAUGGAGGGUAUCGUUGGUUGUGGUGAACGAACUCGCGAGCUACAACUCGACGUCUGCCUCGUCGUAAGCUUCGUUGACCAGCUUGUAAAUAUAAGCUGGCGAAUGGUCUCCCCUGUCGAUCGAUAGUUCAGCAUGUGAUUGGAAAGAAACGGUCCGUCCAGAACUCACUCGUUUGUGAUGAACAGGCUGA